UUUCUUGUUCUUCUUCAACCUCCAAAAAACCCCUAAGCCAACGAUCUCUUGUUUCCCUCUAAAACCUAAUUAAAGAGAAAAAAAUCAGUAAGAAGCUGCUCUUUACGGAUAUUUCGUCUGGAUUUUUCUGUGUUCUACAGAAAAGAAGUGAAAAAUUUUUCAAAGAAGAAGAGAAAAUGUCGUGGUUGAGAUCCGCCGUGAACAAAGCUGUUGAGGUGGGGAACAAGAACAACCUCACACGCGCCGUCAAGAACUACGCUGACUCAGUUGUUCAACAAGCAGGCCAAGCAGUUGCUGAAGGAGCCAAAAUCCUGCAAGAUCGAAUUGGGAAUCGGAAUUACAGAAGCGUUAAGCAAACUGUUAAGAGACUGGAGGAGGCUUCUGUCUCUUGUAGAGGUCCUGAGCGGAUUCUGUUGCUGAGAAGAUGGUUGUUUGUGCUUAAAGAAGUUGACAAGUUAUUGGCAGCUUCACCUGAAGAUAAACAGACGACACUUGAGCAACAUGUUUUUACUGAUGAAGGAAAUGAAAGUCCAAGAAAACAGUCUAUGGUACUGUAUUAUGAUUCUGACAUUGGGGGUGAGCCUAUGAACUUUCGCGAUGUUUUUCUCCAAAGUCAGGCUAUGGAGGGCAUUACAUUGUCCAUGAUUCUUGAAGCACCGACUGAUGAAGAAAUUUCUUUGCUUCUAGAGAUGUUUGGGAUCUGUCUAAAUGGAGGAAAAGAAGUUCAUAAUGCAAUAGUGAGCAGCAUACAGGAUCUGGCUUCAGCUUUUGCUUGCUACCAAGAUGAAGUGUUGGUGAAGCGAGAGGAAUUGCUUCAAUUUGCACAAGGUGCUGUUGCUGGGUUGAAAGUUAGUGCUGAUCUUGGAAGAAUAGAUGCUGAAGCCAUAAAUUUGAAGAACAAACUUGAUAGGAUGAUUGGUUCUGAUAAGCCAUCAAGUGAAGGUCAGGACAAAGAAUCGGGUGGAACAGCUAAAGCAACUGUAGAGGCGCUGAAAGAAGACCUUGCACAAAUACGCAUCUGUUCCAGACUGGAAGGGCUUUUACUGAAAAAGAAAAAUUUUAAUCUCGGAGACUCUCCAGAGAUUCAUGCUCAAAAGGUUGAUAAGUUGAAAGUCUUGUCAGAAUCCCUUGCUAGCUCUGCAAGAAAAGCGGAAAAGGGCAUCUUAGAUCAUAGAAUACACAAGGAAGAGGCUCUGAAAGUUCGUCUUGCCAAGGCCGAUGAAGCUAAUGAAAGGGAGAAGGAAAUAUCAGCUGAAAUUUCUGUACUUGAAAAACAAAGAGAUGAACUUGAAGCUCAAUUGAAAAAGGUUAAUAUUUCCUUAGCUGCUGCAAAUGCACGCCUUCACAAUUCUAGGGAAGAGAGAGACCAGUUCGAAGAAGCUAACAGUCAGAUCUUAGAGCACUUGAAAGCAAAGGAAGGUGAACUGUCAAAAUCUGCUGCUGCUUCCAAGGUAGAAGCAAAGGUCCUGAGUAACUGGAUUAAUUUUCUGGAAGAUACAUGGGUUCUCCAGCGUUCAUAUACAGAGACAAAGGAGAAAGAGGUCAAUGAUGAAUUGGAGAGGCACGAGAACUAUUUUGUGAACUUGGCAAUCCAUCUCCUCUCUGAUUAUAAGAAUGAGUUGGGUCCUUAUAUCACCCGCAUUGGGAAUUUUGUGAAAAAUCUGAAGAAUUUAAGUGAAGGGUCAGAGGUAGCAGCAGGUGUGGACCAUGAUGGUGCUAAACAUCCAAGGAAAAAUCUUGAGGAGGAAUAUCUGGACUAUGAAGCCAAGAUUAUAACUACCUUCAGUGUGGUGGAUAGCAUGAGAGAGCAACUUUAUGCUCAGCAGUUGGCUUUUUAUAGGAAAGAUGAUGCAAAGAUUAAAAAACUAUUUGAUGAUAUUGAGAAGUUGAGAAAGGAAUUUGAAUCCAUUGAGAGACCAAUUCUAGAAAUUGAGACUCCACCGACUCCGAAGGCAGAGACUGUAUCUGAGAAGCCACUGGGAAGUCCCACCCGAAAGUUGAUGCAGAAUCCUAGUUCUCCAAAAUCUGGUACAGAUGGACAGCCCAUAGCACCUGCAGUCGAAGGACAUCAGGUGCUUGACCCUGCAGCUGAACUAGCUAAGCUGGAGUCAGAAUUUGGGAAGGAUGCUCGAGAUUACUCAGCUGAAGAGAUUGCUGAGUGGGAGUUUGAUGAGCUUGAAAGGGAGUUGAGCUCUGGGGAUACAGCUACAAGCAAGUGACACCCAAGCCCUUCAAAAUUGUGACUGGUGCAAUGAAAAUCCAUAAACAAGCAAGCCUAUGUAUGAUUAUGACAAAUACAUGCAGGACCUACCUAAAAGCUGAAUUUUAUAUCUUGAGCUUUUAGGUGUAACUUAUUUGUAACAUUGGAAUAAGUUUCAAUUUGUUAAUUCUUCUGUAAAUUGUCAAAGUUGUAUGUUCUACGAUGGAGUUUGACGGAACAAACAAACAGAAGAUGCCGAAUGUAAAUGUUGAACUACAAUAUUAUGGCACAGACUCAUCGACACGUAUCAUUGGAUUCUCAA